AUGAUGCUAUCGACUAUUCGGAGCGCCUUGACUCCCAGUGCAAAUCAGGCUGAAGACAAAGAGCUUUCAGAAUUGGCUAUGGAUAUCUCACCUACCGCUUCAGAUCUUCUCGCUUACAAUUCUUCACCUCCGCCUUUCUCCCCGUUCGCAGAAUCACAAGAGCAUUUUCCGACGCCGGCAGCUCAUGCAUCAAACGGCAACAGCGCUGUGAUGGCUGAACAGCAUGACCCUUCCAUCGACCUCUCAUCAGAUCAGAACUCGCCAAGUCGCGAGCAGGAAGUAACGGACGACAGUCUUCUUGGCCCUGUAAAAGCCAGCGAUCCUACGUCGGAUUCUCAUCAUGGAGCUUCCUCACUAGAUGGCGCGUCUGAUGACCAUCUACAAACUCCCAUGGAAGAUGCUUACGCCAGAGGCGCUCCCCUACCUUCUGCCGAGCCGGCGCAAUCUACAAGCAAGUCUCAGCGAACCCAGUGGACCCCUAGUCCAAGCGCCGACUAUGCAGGAUUGCAACCAAGAACUAGCAGCACUCCGCAACCGACAAACAUGGUGACCGCGACAACAGGGGGAAACGCACCGCGCUCUCAGAAAGCCGAACCCUUUACAUCAACAUCGGGAACAGCCAGCGGUGAACUAGAGCAGAGUGCUCAAGCAGCAACCGAUGACGCAGAGACGUCCGCCUCCUCAAAGGCUCGACCACCCAAACGCAAGUGUGAAGAUGAUGCCUCGGAAAUGGAGACCAAGUAUGUCAAGAAGCAACGAAGCCAGUCGAAGAAAGAGGAGGGCUCUACCGACAAUGUCAAGCAACACGUCGCCAGCAAAGGCAAGUCGCCCAAGAAGCGAGGCAGGGCGAAGAAAGAAGAGAGCUCUACGGGCAAGGUCAAGCAACAAGCUGCUGCUAAAGACGAGUCGCCUAAGAAGCGAGACCAGGCGAAGAAAGAAGAGAGAUCUACGGGCAAGGUCAAGCAACAAGCUGCUGCCAAAGACGAGUCGCCUAAGAAGCGAGACCAGGCGAAGAAAGAAGAGAGCUCUACGGGCAAGGUCAAGAAACAAGCUGCUGCCAAAGACGAGUCGCCUAAGAAGCGAGAAAAGGCGAAGAAAGAAGAGAGCUCUACGGGCAAGGUCAAGCAACAAGCUGCUGCCAAAGACGAGUCGCCUAAGAAGCGAGACCAGGCGAAGAAAGAAGAGAGCUCUACGGGCAAGGUCAAGCAACAAGCUGCUGCCAAAGACGAGUCGCCUAAGAAGCGAGACCAGGCGAAGAAAGAAGAGAGCUCUACGGGCAAUGUCAAGCAACAAUCUGCUGGCCAAGACGAGACGCCUAGGAAGCGGGGCAGGCCAAAGAAGGAAGAAUUGUCUGCACAAGAGGUCAAAUCACAACUCGUCUCAAAAGAAAACGCGCCUGCAAAGCGAGGUAGACCGAAGAAAGAAGCCGUUCCUACCCAACGCCCUAAGGAAAUGCAGACGAUGAACAAGGAAAAAUCCGGCGGAUUUGCAAAGGGUGCUGCGGCGCUCAAGGAUCAGGAUAGAGAAGCGAAGGAGAAGCCGAAGAAGAUAGGGAGACCGGGCAAGGGAGCAGAGCCUGCUGGGGCCGUAGAGCCAACUGGCGUGCCUGCGGCGGAUACACCAAAGAAGAGAGGCAGGCCGAAGAAGGGGGAGGGGGCUGCGCAGGGUACCGAGCCACAAGGCUCAUCUAAUGUGGAGAUAGCCAAGAAGCGAGGACGACCAAAGGCAACCGAGCAGGGCGAGACCCCAAAAAAACUGACGCCAGGGAAACGUGGGAGGCCAAAGAAAGAGCAAAUCACACCCAAGGGUGCGAAGCCAGUGGGCAUCGUCAAAAAGAAGGCAGGGAGGAAGUAG